UUUUUACUCUUUUAUUGCUUGCUAGAUAUACUUUGAGACAAAGCAAUGGUUUUGAUAAUGGAGGUUAUGAUUUUCAUCCCUUUUCUUCAUUUAGUAUAUUUGCUUGGAAACCCAUCUUUGGAACUUCAGAUCUUCCCAGAAAUGUAAUGUCCUCUCAACUCUUGAUUGUUUGAUUUCAACUUUUUAAUUGUUUGAAUCUUGUUUUGAUUGAAUUCUUGCUUAAUUUGGUUGUAAUUCUACAAUUUUCAUGAAUUAGUUCUUGUUGAAUCAUGGGUUUGCCUCCCCUUUCGGGUAUUUGAUCGAUUAAUUCCCUCUCUCCUCCUGCCCGAAAUCAAAAAAUGUUCUUGCUAUGAUGCUUGAUUCUUUGGUGUUUGAUUUGAUGUGGGUUGGCCAAUGAGCAAUGAUUAUGAAUUUAUGGUUGUAGUUAGAUUUGAAGGGUUUACUUAGUGAAUGUCAUAAGGUCUUGUGUUAAAUUAUGAGAUUAGUAUAAUGAUGAAUGAUUAUACCUUAAAGUGAACCCUUUUAGUGUAGUCUUUUGGGUUUUGUGCAACUUGCAAGGAAUUUUAUUUUUUCAUGUUUGGUAUUUUUUGCCACAAAUCAAAGUCUUUUGUAUAUUGAAACUUUAGAUGGUCCCUAUCUUUGAGAUUUGUAUUUAGCAAAUUAAUUUUUUCAUGGGUUUUGAUUUUAUGUGUGCUUUAAAUUUAGCCUUAAAUUUCCAAUCUAUGAGGACAAUUUACUCGAAUUCGAGAGCGUCCGUAUUGUGUAUGUAUACAUUAUCACAUGCUUGAAAAUGCUGAUGUGAGAAUUUGCUGACCCCAUAUUGUUGGGUUAUAGUGCGAAAAUACAGUUUUCAUCACGGUCAUGAAACAGAUAUCGCGGUCAAUAUGGAUAAUUUCUGGGUCAAUGCAGCCUAUAUUUCUGUUGCGGUAAACUCAAAAAAUUUUACAAUAAGGUCCCGAUACGGUGAUUCAUUCUUGUUUUUGCACUAUAGUUGGGGUUCAGGCUUUAAUAUUGUUGUUGUCAAUUCGAAUUGUGAGUAUCGUAUUCUGUUAUUUGUGGUAAAAUGGAGUCAUGGACUCAUGGUUACUUGAGAUAAAAUGGAAUCAUAGUAGCAUGAUUUUGGUUACUUCACUAUGAAACACCAAAGUCCAUAACUUACCAUUAUCAUAAAUGUUUUUCAUGUUGAUUGUCCUUUGUUUUUUGGGUGUUAAAGCAGAGUCCCCUGUAUAAAAGGCUAUGGGGCCCAAUAAGGGAGUUGGGUUCUCUAUACCCACAUGCAAAUCCUCAAGGACCCUAUGCUGCUUGCAAUCAACGGGCUUUCUUUUUGUCAGGGUUCGAGGAGGCUUUCAUGAAAUCCGAAAUGCGAUCUCAGAUGCUGUUGCAGUAGCACGGUUGCUCAAUGCUACUCUUGUGAUCCCCGAGAUCCUCUCAACCACUAGCACCAAGGGAAUUAGCUCAGAGUUCAAAAGUUUUGCUUAUUUAUACAAUGAAGAUCAGUUCAUGGCAGCAUUAGUCAAAGAUGUUAAUAUCGUCAAAACUCUUCCUAAGAAUCUUAAGGAGGCGAGGAGAAAAAAAGCAGUCCCUUUAUAUAAGGUGCCAAACUCAGCAUCUGUUUAUUUCUAUCUGCAUCAAGUUUUGCCAAUGUUGAAGAAGCACUCCAUUGUCGAACUUGUGGUCUCGGAUGGUGGCUGUUUGCAGUCAAACCUUCCUCCUAAUCUUGAAGAGUAUCAAAGAUUGAGAUGUAGGGUUGCUUUUCAUGCUCUUCAGUUCCGCCGAGAAGUCCAAGAGCUUGCAACCAAUAUUUUGAGAAGAUUACGAGUCCCUGGAAAGCCAUUCAUUGCAUAUGAACCAGGUCUGACCAGAGAGGCGUUGGCAUACUAUGGAUGCGCGGAACUUUUCCAGGAUGUGCAUACGGAACUGAUUCAACACAAAAGGUCAUGGAUGCUAAAACGGGGAAUCAUUAAUGGAAGACUUUCUGUGGAUUCCGCUGCCCAAAGGCUCAAUGGGUCUUGUCCGCUCAUGCCAGAAGAGGUUGGUCUCAUUCUCCGUGCUUACGGAUAUCGGUCCGACACUGUGAUAUACGUCUCGGGUGGAGAAAUAUUCGGCGGCCAGAGAAUACUCAUUCCUUUGCAUGCAAUGUUUGAUAAUGUUGUCGAUAGGACUUCCCUCAGCACUAGUUAUGAGCUAACUAGAUUAUAUGGCCGCGAGUCAAAUUCUGCCGAACCUCCACCUAGGGUUCGUCCUGCAGCGGUGGAAGUAAGGAAAAUAGAAGCAUGGAAAAAUGCGGGCCCACGACCCCGUCCAUUACCACCCCCUCCAGCACGGCCGAAGUAUCCAUAUAAUAUUGAAGGGUGGUGGGGUUGGGUAGCGGAGAGUGAUAAUGAGCCUGAUAGUACCAUGAUGGAGCUACGAACUAAUGCUCAUAAGUUGCUUUGGGAGGCCAUUGAUUAUAUCGUCUGUGUUGAAGCUGAUGUUUUUAUACCGGGAUUUGAUCGUGAUGGUAAGGGACGCCCAAAUUUAGCAAGCUUGGUUAUGGGGCACCGUCUUUAUCAGUCCGCUUCUUCUGUGACAUUUAGGCCAAACAGAAAAGAAGUAGCCAAAUUGAUAGAUGAUCUUCGGGAGAGUAUGCACCCAGCUAACCGAACAUGGCUUUCAUCAAUACGCAAUCAUUUACGAAAAACAUUGCUCGAUGGUCCUACGGAAGCAUUUAACACGUCAAAACCACUGUCCUUUCUGUCACAUCCCGUUCCCGAGUGUUCUUGUUCAAGGGGAAAAAACAAUCCUCCUAAUGGUUUCAACCCUCGAGUUGCUUUUAAGAUUCGAAGAAUUUGCCCUGCCUGGAUGGGCAUCGAUCAAAACUCGAGACAAAAAGAAAAGGAAAGCGAUGGCGAAGUUUAUUCCGAUGAUGGCUUUAUAUCAUCGUUUUUCUUCGGGCGGGGAAUGGAUAAUCAAGGGGCAAGUAAUGGAGGAAAUGGAAGCCGAGAAGAGUCACAGUUCGAGGACCAAGAGAUCGAAAACGGGGAAAGAUGACGGAGAACAUAUCUUCGGGAGAUGUACAUAGACAAAUAUUGGGUGGGUUGGAAAUUUUUCGCGCUUCAACUUUCGACUGGCACGUUCCCGAUUCUUUAGCCAACUGCUUUAAUUCUAGUAUGUCCAGUUAGAAGCAUUUGGCUGUUUUUCGAAUAGAUUUAAUGUUAGAAAUUUAUGGGAGAAUUUAUAGUGCAAAUUUUUGUGUGUAGCAAAAUCUUUACUGGUAGCUCUAAACUGUACAAUUAGAAUGAAUCCUUCUAGAUUUUGAGUAUUACCUGAUGAUUAUGUAAAAUGUUUAUUAAUAGUAUAUGGUAUACUUAUAUUUAUAGCUUUUUUUAAAAAAUUUUUUAACCUUGUUGGUGCAUAUGGUAUACCGAUGCCUUGGUUAUGGCUCGGUUAUUUAGUUAAAAAUUGUUUUAAUAUUGAAUUGUAACAUUUGACACAGAAAAAUG